AUGGAAAAAAAUGAGCUUGAAACAACGCGUAUUCGUGGAUUUACAUCCUGGAUUAAUAUGCGUUUGUUACCAUUUGAAAAAGGUCUUGGAAAUGUUUUAACCGAUCUAAUGAAAGGUACUAAUAUGAAAUUGUUAUUACAAAGUGUUACUGGAACAACUACAGACAAAAUUCAAUCAUUUGAAAAAUUAACUCCCGAACAAUUACGAACUCGAUGUGAAUGGGCUGUUAAACAUUUAAAACAACAACAAGUUCUACCUGAUGAUGUUCAAGUUGAUGCACGAUUAUUUGCUGUUCGAAAUGCAAAAAGUGUAUUUGAUUUUCUUUGGCGAUUAGUCGAACAAGAUAUCUGGUUUUUAUGGGAACGUAUUGAUUUUCUUCUUCAAGAUGAUCCUAAAGCAUUAUUAAGCGUACCACUUAAAUGGAUUCCAACUGGUAAUACAACAGAUAUUAGUAAAUCAACAAAGAAUAUGCCAGGUUUAGCUAGUUAUGGUUCAAAAAGUAUUACAAAUGAUGUAACGAAUCAAGGUGGUCGAUCCAGUCGGUACUUAGGUAAAUUUGAUGAAACUGAACAAAUGGUUACUUUUUCUAAACGAAGUCUAAGUAAAAAAUAUCCUAAAGCAAGUGUAUGUAUUAUUGAAAUGAUACAACUUGUUCUACAAAAAGUUCCAGAAGGACGAAGAAUAAAUUUUACAAAAUUAACUGAAUUAUCUGAUUUACGUGUUUUAUGUAGUUUAAUAAAUUAUUUUGUACCAAAUCUUAUUCCAUCAGAAAUUUUACUCAAUGAUAGAUGGAGUUUAAAUUUGGCUUUAGCAAUUAUCGAUGAUGUUCUCUGUUGUAAAUCAAAUUUAAGUUCGGAAGAUCUUAUUCUAGCAGAUGAAAUGUCGAUUUGUGCAUUUAUAUGUUAUUUUUUUCUUGUGUUUUUUAAAUAUCAUCAAAGUGAAAUUGCUAUUCGCCGAGCUGAUGAAAUGCGUCGACGACAAUUUAAUGCUUCACAAAAACUUCGUAAAUUAGAUGAAACAAAUAUAAAUGAAGAUAAAAAACAAUUAGAACAAGAAGUAUCAGAAUGUAAUCAGGAAUUAACGAAUUUAAGAAAAAGAUAUGAUUUACGUAGUGCAUCACAAUGGCGUGAACAUGUCGAACAAACACGAGUCAAAGUAUCAACAAUUGUUUCGAAUAAAAUGCAAGUACGAUAUGAUUGGUUUGAUGUACCAGAAGAAAAUACAAUUGCAGAAGUUUGUCGAAAAAAAGCAGUUAAUUUAAUUCUUACAGAAGGUUAUGCAUUCUAUCGUAUAUUAGAUGGGAAACAAGAAAUAAUUACAUCUGAACGAUCAUUUAUUUUAAUACAUAAAGAAACACAUGAAGUUAUUGUUGAUAAAUCGUUAUGUAAAAAUGAUGAUGAUAGUUUAAAUCCAAUUAUUCGAAAAGCAAAUGUUCGUGCGAUUUUGAAUAUUGAUAAUAUUAAUGGUGGUACUGAAGUAAAAGCUGAUCGAUAUCCUCAAUAUGAAAUCUAUAUUGAUGCUCCAUCUCAAAAUAAACUUUUACCUGCUAAAACAAUGUUUUUAUAUCAAGUUUUUCCUGAUUCAUUAAAAUUUUAUCAUAAUUUUCUUCUCAAAGCAUGUAGUGAAGGUUAUCUUGAUACAGUCGAACAUCUCCUUCAAUUUCUUCAAAAACUCUAUCCCGAUUUUAUUAAUAUGCAUGAACAAAAUACGCUCAAUACCGCAUUGCAUGUUGCUUGUAAACAUAAUCAAAUAAAUAUUGCUCGUUGUUGUUUGGAUAAUGGUGCUAAUGUUAAUAGUUUAAAUAAAGAUGGUAAUACGCCAUUAUUUUGUGCAGCAGAAAGAUUUUCCAAAUCAUGUGCAAAAUUAUUAUUGGAAUAUGGUGCGGAUAUUACAAUUGUUAAUAAUAGAAAAAAGACAGUUAGUGAAACAUGUCCUAGUGAAGAUUUUCAACAAACAUUAACAAAUGUAAGUGAAUUUAUUGCAUCUGUUAUGCGAGCAUUAGCACGUGGUGAUGGAGAAGUACUCGAUAGAGUCAUCACUGAUCAUGUUGAAAAUCGAUAUACACUUAGUUCGUUAAACAGCAGAUUUAUUAAAGGAAGUACUCUGUUGCAUACAGCAUGUUCUUUUAAUAAUUUACCAGCUUUAAAACGUCUUGUAAAAUUAAAUGUCAAUCUCGAUGUACGAGAUCAACAAGGUAAAACAGCACUUCAUCGUACAAAAGAUAUAGAAAUUAUAAAAUUUCUUCUUGAAUCAAAUGCUGAUAUUAAUGUAACAGAUUAUGAUGGUAAUACUCCAAUACAUGUAAAAUGUGCUGGUGAACGUAAUAAACCUAUUGAAUUGGAUGUUAUUCGAGUUUUACAUGAAUAUGGAGCUGAAUUAGAUAGAUGUAAUUUAAAUGGUGAAACAUGUUUUCAUCUUGCAGCACGAAAUGGACAUACAGAAGUUUUACAAUUAUUAUUUGAACUUGAUGAAACAACUAUUAGAGAAUCUGUUCAAGCAAUUGAACAAAAACCAAAUCAAGAAAAUACAUCAAUCAUCGGAUUAGCAUUACGAUCUGAUCAUUUAGAUUCAGCUACUUGGUUACUUGAACAUGGAUUUAUGUUCAAACAAAAUGAAGCAGAUGAAUUAAUACAUGAUAUUUUAGCAGAAAAAAUAUUUUCAGGUGAACCAGAACAUAUUUUACAAUUUCUUUGUAAAGAAGGUAAUGCGACAUUAUCAACUAUCUAUGAUGAAGGCAAUACUGCUAUUCAUUUGGCUGCAUCAAUGGCAUCAACAGAACCAUUAAAAUUCUUAAUUUCACUUGACUUUGAUCCAGAUGUAAUUAAUCAAGCAAAAGAAACACCAUUAUUUGUUGCUGCUCGAACAAAUAAUAUAGAUACUGCAUGUGUGUUAAUAGCACACGGCAUUGAUUGUGGAAUAAAAAAUAUUCAUGGUUGUACAGCAUUUGAUUAUAUUCUUGAUAUUGAUGAAUGGGUAAAGUCAGUUAAAUUUGAUGAAGAUACACGUGGACGUCUUCGUGCUUAUAAAUAUAAAGAUAUUCGAACGCUUAUGUAUACAGUAACAUCGAAACUUAAUCAAUAUGAUGCACAUGUAGAAUCAAAUCGAAAUACAAAUCAAUCAAAAUCAUUAUCAAAUAUUUAA